AUGGCACCGCUUUCCGGCCCUGCUUCUUCAUCAGGCAGCAGCCGUUGGCAACUGUCUUCCAUCCGCGUCCGCGGAUUCAAAUCUUUCGGGCCGAGCUGGGUCACCGUCCCGCUGCCCAACACCAAUCUGGUGGGAAUUCUUGGUCCCAACGGCAGCGGCAAAAGUAAUCUGCUCGAGGCAGUGCUGUUUGCGGUGGGCUGCCCGGCGACUUCCCUUCGAGUGCGGACUUUGCGCGAGUUGGCCAGCAGCGACGCAGCCCAUGCGCCCUGUGAGGUAGAACUCACAAUACAGCGGCAAGCAGCAGCGACCGUGGCCAGUAGCGCCGGCGGCGGUGGCGGCCGUCGCAGCGCCGUCAACAAGGGCGCCAGCGCGAGCGCCUCCACCGCCGCCGCCACCCCCCCCCUGGAGCUCCACACCCUUCGCACCAGUCUGGCUCCCGACGGCGCCAGUCGACUGUACCAGCUAGACGGCCGGAACCGCACUGCACAGCAAGUCAAGGACUUCCUCGCCCCCCGGGGGAUGGCUCUGGACAGCGGCCCGGGGACUGACACCUCCCCACGGGUCAUACGACAGGCGCAAGUCACGGCGCUGGCCGACAGCAACGACUCCACGGCCCUGGCUGCCCUGAUUGGGUCCGCUAGUGGUUUGGUUCGGUGGCGUGACGAGACCCGGCGGGGGAGUCAGGAGCUGGAGGUGACCCGCGGGUCGCUCAGGGAGAUACGGACGCACUUGGAGACGUUGCAAACUGCCGUACGCGACGAUGAGGAACGCCUUGCCGCCGCCUCCCGCCUAGCCUCCCUGGAAACGGAGAUCGCUGCGGUGGGCGGGGAGCUGGGGGCCGCCCUGGAGCGCUGGGUCCGCCAAAUUGAGGACGAGCUUGCGGCGUGUGAAAGGCGGGAGAGUGAUGGCCAGGAUGAGAUUCGCCGACUAGAAGAGGCCGCUGCGGCGGCAGAGGUGCAGCACCAGCAUCUGGUUUCGGAGUUAGAGAAGCUUCUGGCAGAUGACGCCGCAGCGGCGGCAGCGGUGGCGGUCGCGGCUGCCGCGGCGCAGUACCAUGAGCACUUGCGUGCAGCGGCGGUGGAGAGCACCGCGGAGGCGGCGGCAGCCCGGGAGCGACUGGCGGCGGCGACAGCGGAUGUACGGCAUUUAGAAGUGCUGUUGGCGGAGGCGCGCUCCGAAACUUCUAGGCUGGCUGGGGCGAUGAUGGCGUCGCAACAGUACGGCAGGGACAGCGGUGCUGCUGCCGCUAGCAUGUGCGGGGCAGCUGAUGCGGCAGCAGCGGCAGCGGCGAGUGAAGCGGCGAGUGCAGCGGCCGCGGCGGCUGACGCAGCCACCGCCACGGCCGACACUGCAGCUUCGGCCGUACGGUCAACACAACGGCAACUGUCGGAAGUACGAGCACGCGCCGACGCGCUGCGUCGAGCGCUACAGCUACCGCCGCGACCACCGUCGCCGCUGCAGCAUCAGCAUCAGCCGCCGCCGCCGCCGCAGGCCUGGCUGCCUCUGGAUCUGCUGCGGUUUAGUGACCCGCGGGUCGCUCCCGCACUGCUGCGGGCAUUCGGUCGCCAAAUGGUCGCGGCGGACGACGCGGCGGCGGCGGCGCUGGCGACUCGGUUCGGGCUGUCUAGCGUUACUCUGGCCGGCAGCGUUAGCCACAGGGGAAUGCUGACUGGCGGCUGGGAUGGCGGCGGCGGCGGCGGCGGCGCUGCGGCCCGGGGUCGUCAGCUUUGGGAGCGGUUGUGGGAGCUGAGCGAGCUCAUCCGCUUGGAGGGUCGUCUGGCGGUGUUGCUGUCGCAGCAGCAGGGAGCUUUGGCGGCGGCGGAGCGGCGGCGGGGGGAAGCGGAGGCGGCGGCACUUGAGGCCGUGGCGGCGGAGGAGCAGGCCCGGGUGGGUGGUGACCCGCAGUUCGGUGUGGCAGCUAGGUGUGGGGGCGGGGAGGGGGGGGGGCCGGGUGGAGAGCAGCGAGAUGAGAUGGAAUGCGGGCAGGCCGUACAGCACCGGAUUCAAAAUCUGGACGAGCAACUGUCAGCGGCUCAGCAGGCGCAGCACACCGCGGCUGCCGCCGCGACGGCGGCGGAGCUUGAAGAGGCGCAGCACCGGGAGGCGCUAAUGCACCACUGCGGUAGCGGCACCGCCGCCGCUAGCGGCGGAGGUGUCGUACAAUCGGGUGUACGGGAUGGCCUUGUGGCGGAGGUAACGGCACUACGGGCGCGUGUGGAGGAGCUGGAGGCGGCGCGGUCCGCGGCGCUGCUAUCGGUGGAGGCGGCGGAGGCGGAAGAGGAGGCGGCGGAGGCGCGGGCGGCGGGCGUGUUGGCGGAGGAGGUGGCGGAGGCCAGGCUGCGAGAGCGCAGGCGGCUUGUGCAGGACCUGGAGCGCAGUCUGCAGGAGGCCAAGGAGGCGGUGGCGGCCGCCGCCCUACGUCGUCAGGAACUCGAGGCGAGCGCCGCCAUCGCCGCGGUUCGAACCGCGGACCUGCAGGCGCAGCUACGCGGUCGCCGGGGGGCGCUGCGGGCCGAGCGCGAGUCGCUGGCGGCCGGCCGGGCAGCGCUCAAGCGUGUCGGCCAGGAGCGCGAUGCUAUACGGCGCGAGUACGGCAGUAUGUACGCUGGCGGCGACGAUGGUGGUUCUGGGGGGGAACGUGCCGCCGGCGGUGCGGCGGUGGCAGCAGCGAGCGAGGUGGCGACAAAGCGACAAGUUGACCCGGGUCAGCGAAAGCAGCAGGAUAAGGAUGAUGAUCCGGAGAGGGCGAAGGACGGCAAAGCGAAGGGGGAAGAGGAGAAGAAGGCGGAGAAAGGAGCGGAGGAGGAUUGCGAGAAGGCCGCGGCGGUGCUCCGAAACCAGUUGCGGACCCUCCGUUUGGAACGUGGCCGCUUGGGGGGAAGCCAUGUAUCUCCGGCGCAGCUGUUGCAAUUCCAGGAGCGCGUGGCGGCAGUAGCGGUGCUGAGGGAGAGAGCCAACAGCCUCGCGACGGCGGCCGACAUGCUCCAGGUGCUCGCAGCCAACACUGCCGUAUUUAAUGCCGUACGGCGGCGUUUCGUAUCGCUCUGCGGCCGCCUGUUGCCCUCCUUGGAUCUGGAUUUAACCGCGCCGUACGGCUGCGCGAGCCGUGGCGUUGUCGUACGCUUCCGGCGCCACAACCGCCCGGACCGCGACCCCGACGGCGGCGAUGCUGAUGGGACGGAGGCCGACGGAGGCAGUCGAGGCGGUUGGACCGAAGAGCUGGGACAGUUGUCCGGUGGCCAGCGUACGUUGGUGUCAGUGGCCUUGCUGCUGGGCCUGGCACUGGCCCUUAGCGGCGGCGGCGGUGGCGGCAAUAGUGAUGGCGGCGGUGGGUUGUUCCUGUUGGACGAGGUGGAUGCGGCGUUGGACGAGCACAACCAGGCGGCGGUGGCGGCGCUGCUGCGCUACCUGUCGCAUCGCGGCGGUGGCUGCCAGGUCCUGGCGGUGACCCACAACGCUGCCUUCCAGACGGCCUGCAACGGCUUCGUGCGCCUGACCCGGGGGCCGGCGGGAACUCAGCUGGAGAUGCCAGGUGCGGCGGGCGCCAUAGCGGCGCCGCACCUAGCCGCUGCUGGCCCGGGGAACGGUGCCGCCGCGGGCUGGGGUAUUGGAGGUUCACGUGGGGGCGGCAGCGGCGGUGGUGAUUGUGGGACGGGCGGGGCUGGCGGCGUGGCGGGUGUACCGGCGGCGAAAAAGCUUAGGACUGCAAGGCCGCGACGGGUGUGAAUGUGGCGGCGUAGUGAAAGGUUGGGGUUGCGACUUGAAGAAGGUAAGGGGGAGAGGUGUAUUCUCCCCUAUAGUGUCCAUCAUUGAACGAUUGGCAUUAGUUGGCUUAACGGGCAUUUCCCACUUUGUACGAGGUGUAUAACUGAAUGUUGGAGAGAUGUAAAACUGUUGAUGUAC